UCGGUUUUUUUUUCUUACCUCCGUUACUGGGGAGAGAAAUCGCAACGAAAACCCUCCGUUUUGGGAGAAAUCAGAAUCAAAAUAAUCGUUUGUCGAGAAUCAGAAGAAUAAUAAGGAAGAGAUGUCGACGGUAUACGUUUUGGAACCGCCGACGAAGGGGAAGGUGGUUGUCAACACAACGCGGGGCCCACUCGACAUCGAGCUAUGGCCGAAGGAAGCACCCAAAGCUGUCAGGAACUUCGUUCAGCUCUGCAUGGAAGGUUACUACGACAACACCAUCUUCCACCGCGUCAUCAAGGACUUUCUUGUUCAGGGUGGUGAUCCCACCGGCACUGGCACUGGAGGUGAGAGUAUUUAUGGGGAUGUUUUUGCCGAUGAGUUUCAUUCGCGUCUGAAAUUCAAGCACAGAGGAUUGGUUGCAAUGGCCAAUGCUGGGCCACCUAAUUCAAAUGGGAGUCAGUUUUUCAUUACCCUUGAUCGUUGUGACUGGCUUGAUCGGAAGCAUACUAUUUUUGGAAAGGUAACAGGAGAUACAAUGUAUAAUCUUUUAAGGCUGGGUGAAGUUGAAACUGAUAAAAACGACCGGCCUUUAGAUCCACCUCCAAAGAUAUUAUCAGUUGAGGUAUUAUGGAACCCAUUUGAAGAUAUUGUGCCAAGAAAUCUUCAGACUAAAGCUACACCUGUUACAGAAAAUAAAGGUUUGAAGACAAAGGGUGUGAAAAAAUUGAACUUGCUUUCGUUUGGGGAAGAAGCUGAAGAAGAAGAAAAGGAAUUGGCAUUGGUGAAGCAAAAGAUUAAGAGCAGUCAUGAUGUCUUGAAUGAUCCUCGUCUUUUGAAGGAAGAAACUCCCAACAAUGAAAUGAGUAAAGCAACAAGGGAUUUGCAGUUAACUGUAAGAGAUGCACUAAAAACCAAGAAGGAAGAGCCUCGGAAAGAGUUAGAAACUAGUAAAAUUGAUUCAAGUGAUGACGACGACGACGACGAAGACGAUGGCAAUGAAGCAGAUUUUGAUGCAAGAAUGCGCAGGCGAAUACUGAAAAAGCGGAAGGAGUUGGGUGACCUUCCUCCCAAGCCAAAGGUGCAAAAUGGAAGAUCCAGUCCAGAGCGCCGGGAUAUUUCAGCAGCCAGGUCAAAUGCUUCACGGGUGGUUGAUGAUGAUGAUGAUGAUGAUGAUAAACCGAGGGCGGAAAAGUUGUCCUUGAAGAAGAAGGGAAUAGGGUCUGAAGCAAGAGCUGAACGUAUUGCUAAUGCUGAUGCAGAUUUGCAGCUACUGAAUGAAGCUGAGAGAGGAAGACAGUUGCAGAAACAGAAGAGACGCAGAUUACAAGGGCGUGAAGAUGAUGUUCUUGCCAAACUCGAGAAAUUCAAAAAUUCCUUAUCAGCAAAGUCGGCACCCAAAGCCAGUGAAUCUACUGAUGUUGUUGAUGACAAAGAACUGUCUGACUGGAAAAGUGUUGGCUUAAAAUUUGCCCCGGAGUCUGGCAAGGAUCGCAUGUCUCGCAACGAAGACCCGAACGACUAUGUUGUGCAUGACCCUCUUUUGGAGAAAGGGAAAGAGAAGUUCAAUAGGAUGCAAGCCAAACAAAAGAGACGAGAACGCGAGUGGGCUGGGAGAUCCCUCACGUGAUUCUGUAUGUGUGCCAACUAAGCCAUUUAAAUACACAAAGCUGACUGGUUUGGGAGACACAAGACACUUCCCGGCACCGGCGGAACACAAUGUAUAUCAAGCUUGCCAAACUUAGGAGAUAGUUGUCGCACCGAGUUGAGUGGACUUGGUAGGUGUGGACACUCGUUCAACUCCAAAUGGUGAAAAAUUUCAUGAACUCUAUGUGUCCCUAUGACAGCACCUACUUUGAGUUUAUUGUAAUUUUUUUGUCCAAUAUAAAAAAAUGUUCUCUAGUUUUUUUAAGAUAUAUGUAGUUUAUAUGUUUUGAUAUUGGAUGUUGUAAUCAUCGGACUAAUUAAUUUAGGAGUAAGGUUUUUCUUGGACAUAAAACAGAAAAUUUAUUAAGCUUCUAACUUGCCUGAAAUGUGGCGAAAAUUCUGAGUUUUGAUGGUUACUAUGUAAGCAAGCUAGAAGGGGACAUAUCAGCGGACCAAGUUCUUUGAGCAACCUGAAAAUUUCUUAAGUAAACAGUUAUGAUAGGCAUUCAAAUCAAAGAAUCUCCUGAGAUUAUGUGAUGUUCGGGUCUACAUUAAU